AUGUCGAGUGUGAGAAAAGGGAAGUCGACGUUUCGCAGUGUAGGGACGCUCUUCCGGGGAGCAAGCAGAAAGGAGAAAGCUUCGGAGGGAGGGCAGCGACUCACAGUACCGGGGACUGUUUCACCGUCGGAAGGCCACCGUGGACGAAGCGCAGGCCGCUUUCCGACCGGGACGGCCGCGCCAGUCGAAGCAGGCGCGCAGGAGCCAACUGCAGGAACACGGACUUCUGGCUUUGGCACGACGACGUAUGCCCAGCAGUUCCAGCGGUUGCGGAAAGGGAAAGCAGAGAGGCGAAGUGGUCAAGGCGUCGCGUCCCAUGUGAAGAGGGUCUUGCGUAUGCGAGGGGGGACCGUGACGCCAGAAUAUGCCAACGUCUUCCUCAUCCUAGGGCUAUAUGACGGAGAACUGAUUCAAAACGGUUACGUCUGUCUGCGGGCAGCCGAUGUCACUGACUGGGGCGUCGAGGGCGUGUCGUACGCAGUCGCUCCGGAGGUUGUGGUAAUCGGUGUAAAGGCUGCUGUCAACCCGCCGACGCUUACAGAGGAGAGACGAGCUGUGAUUUACCUCCGAGAUUACUUGGCUAGCCAACUCGCAGGAUACCCCUUCCUCCGCCACUGUAUUCUGGUGAACAAGAGGCAUCGACGGAGUAGAAACUCGAAUGUCUACUAUACAGUUUUGGGGACAGGCCAAUACAUGGCAAUUGUGAACGCCGCGACUCAGGUGGAUGGUAUGGCUCCGCUCGAAGUUUGUGUUCUACGGCGUAGUGGAGGUCCUCAGUUUGAGAUGACGGGGGCUAGCCACAGGUCUUCCAUUGUUGGCAGUGUUGUCGGCACGUUGCGUUCGUCUGUAAGAGAGCUGGGCCUCGUCACUUCCGAGUGA